GGUUCUUUUAAAAGUUGCAUCUGCUCUUGACCAACACACGACUAGUGGAACAAAUCUAGAGCUGACAAAAUGGUCGAAUGGACAGACUUCGAGCGCGCCACCAUCAAGGAUGUCUUCGCCAAGAUAGAGUAUGAGGUGGUGGGCCCUGCAGCCCUGGCCAGGUGUCUGGUCGUCUACCCCUGGACUCAGAGGUAUUUCGGAAACUUUGGAAACCUCUACAACGCCGCUGCGAUCACGGGAAAUCCCAAGGUUGCAAAGCACGGAAUAACGAUCCUGCACGGUCUGGACAAGGCUGUGAAGAACAUGGACGACAUCAGGAACACCUACGCCGAGCUGAGCGUGCUGCACUCCGAGAAGCUGCACGUGGACCCCGACAAUUUCAAGCUCCUGGCUGACUGCCUGACCAUUGUGGUCGCUGCUCAGAUGGGGAAAGCCUUCACUGGUGAGAUUCAGGCAGCUUUCCAGAAGUUCCUGGCCGUGGUGGUGUCCUCCCUGGGAAGACAGUACCAUUAGAGCUCCAAUACAAUUUCCAUGCUACUGAGCAUGCAAAUUGUGUUGUGUUGUGUACUGAAAAUCUCUUUUGUGUCAUGUCUCAAAGGCAUAAAUAAAUGAAACAACACGCAUAAA